AGCUGCGGCCGUGGCAGCUGCACGGCUCCCGGCCCCGGAGCAUGCGCGAGAGCCGCCCCGGAGCCCCCCUGCCGCCCCGCCUGCGGCGCCCCGCGCCCCGCCGCCAGCGCACCCCUGGACGCUAUGGCCCACCCCUCCGGCUGGCCCCUCGUGUAGGAUGGUAGCACACAACCAGGUGGCAGCCGACAAUGCAAUCUCCACGGCAGCCGAGUCCCGACGGCGUCCAGAGCCUGCGUCCUCUUCCUCCUCCUCCUCCUCCUCGUCAGCGGCCCCAGCGCGCCCGCGGCCCGGCCCGGCCCCGGCCCCGGCCCCCGGCGACACUCAUUUCCGCACGUUCCGCUCGCACGCCGAUUACCGGCGCAUCACGCGCGCCAGCGCGCUCCUCGACGCCUGCGGCUUCUACUGGGGACCCCUGAGCGUGCACGGGGCGCACGAGCGGCUGCGCGCUGAGCCGGUGGGCACCUUCCUGGUGCGCGACAGCCGCCAGCGGAACUGCUUCUUCGCCCUCAGCGUGAAGAUGGCCUCGGGACCCACGAGUAUCCGUGUGCACUUCCAGGCCGGCCGCUUCCACCUGGACGGCAGCCGCGAGAGCUUCGACUGCCUCUUUGAGCUGCUGGAGCACUACGUGGCCGCGCCGCGCCGCAUGCUGGGGGCCCCGCUGCGACAGCGCCGCGUGCGGCCGCUGCAGGAGCUGUGCCGCCAGCGCAUCGUGGCCACCGUGGGCCGAGAGAACCUGGCGCGCAUCCCCCUCAACCCCGUGCUCCGUGACUACCUGAGCUCCUUCCCCUUCCAGAUCUGACCGGCCGCGCCCGCCCGCAGGCAGCAUUAACUGGGCGCCUUAUUAUUUUCUAUUAUUAAUUAUUAUUAUUUGCCUGGAACCGUAUGGGUGCCCUCCCCGCCUGGGUUGGAGGGAGUGGGUGUGGGGGCGAGGAGCCUCCCGCUCUCGGCUGGAGACAAGGCCGCAGACCCCUCCCCACCUGUUGGGGGGCGCUCCUCCUCCUGGUGCUCCCUCUGGGUCCCCCAGCUUAACUUAACUGUCUGAAGCCAGGACCUGAACUCGCACCUCCUACCUCUUCAUGUUUACAUAUAUGUAUCUUUGCACAAACCAGGGGUUGGGGGAGGGUCUCUGGCUUUAUUUUUCUGCUGUGCAGAAUCCUAUUUUAUAUUUUUUACAGCCACUUUAGAUAAUAAACUUUAUUAUGAAAGUUUUUUUUUUAAAAAAGAAAA